AUGGCUGGGCUCUGGAGCUGCCUGCUGGCUGUGGGUCUCCUGGCAGGGCUGAGGGGGGCCCUGAGCUGUGUGCCUCCUCCGGGGGCCAGGAACUGGGCCAGAGGCCAGCCUGCCACUCAGUCCUCCACAUACCCUCAGUGGGGCACCGUCUACAGCCGAGCAGAGAGCGCCGUCGAUGGCGACCGCGAUGGGGACUGGCGCCAUGGCUCCUGCAGCCACACCCUGGCAGAGGAAGAGCCCUGGUGGAGCCUGGAUCUGGGUGCCUCCUACGCCAUCUCGGCUGUGGUGGUGAAGAAUCGCCAGGAGUGCUGCUCAGGGCGGCUUCAGGGGGCCCAGAUCCACGUGGGAGACUGCGGGGCCCACCACGGCAAGUGCAACCCAAU